UCCACAUUAUAGCAGAAGAUGCCGGAAAGUAUGGACAGCUAUAGAUUCGGAGCCGUUGACUACACUGUGCUCCUGGGUGUGACCAUAGUAUCCAUCGCCACAGGACUUUAUUUUGGGUGGAUAAAAAAAUACAAAAAGAAUGCAGAAAUCACCACGCCAACCGUUGUUUCUUCAGAAGAAUCCAUGGCGAACUUGGGAUCGGAAAAGAUGAACGAGUAUCUCAUGGGUUCGCGCAAUCUGAAAGUUGUUCCGGUUGGAAUGAGUUUAAUAGCCAGCUUUAUUUCGGGCGUUGCAAUGCUGGGAACCCCUUCAGAGAUUUAUUAUUAUGGCACACAAUACAGUCUAGUUGUCGUAGUAAUUGUCAUUCAAGGACUAGCUGUUUCCUAUAUAUAUUUGCCUGUGUUUUCGGUACUUCGAGUGUGCUCGUCAUAUGAGUACCUCGGGAAGCGCUUUCACUCGAUUAUACAAAGCAUAACUUCUAUACUAUUCGUCAUCGAAGGGAUACUAUAUAUGCCAUUUCUUGUCUACGUUCCUGCUUUAUCGAUAAAUCAGGCUUCCGGUAUUAAUAUCUAUAUAAUACAAGCGUUAAUUGUUGUGGUGUGCGUUAUUUAUACCAUGUUGGGCGGUCUAAAAGCAGUAGUCCAUACCGAUAUCUGGCAAGUGGUAAUCAUGUUUCUAUCUGUUCUGGUUGUCGCCAUACUUGCGACCUUUUAUAUACCCGACCUAGAUGAAUUAUUUGUUAAAUUGGAGGAAGGAGGACGACUUACGUUUGGCAACAUUGAUACAUCGCCAUAUGUCCGUAAUACAGUUUGGUCUGUCCUAAUCGGUGGCACUUUCUACUGGACCUCAAAUAAUGCGGUGCAUCAGGCGAUAGUCCAUCGUUAUAUGUCCUUGCCUUCUUUACAAAUGGCCCGAAAUUCCAUUGCCUUUUUUGUGAUUGGGGCUGUUAUAUUUUAUGCCCUUCUUUGUUAUUUGGGAAUGCUAAUCUUUCACAUGUACAAGGAUUGUGAUCCAUUGAGCGCAGGACUUAUACAGAAUAACGAUCAGCUUGUGCCGCUCUUCGUGAUUCAGAGCGUUGGCCAAAUCUAUGGAAUCCCAGGUCUAUUUAUAGCCGGUAUCUUAGGAGCUGGCUUAAGUUCCCUAUCUGUGGCCUUCAAUUCUACUUCCCUAGUGGUUCUUCAGGAUAUAGUCCGUGGCUGUCUCAAAAUGAAGCCAGGCGAAAAGGCAUCUGCAAUUAUUGUUAAGUCUAGUAUUGUUAUAAUGGGCCUUAUAGCUUUUGGUUCACUAUUUAUCGUGGAAAAGGUUAGUGGCAUCCUGAGCAUCUGCGUAUCGCUAAUGUCCACUGCAACUAGUUGCUCUUUUGGAAUAUUUAACUUGGGAAUGUUGGUUCCCUGGGCGAAUACCGUUGGCACGCUAGUGGGAGGACUCUGCGGAUUUCUCUUAACCGGAUGGAUAACUUUUGGAUCGCAAAUCGCUGUGGCAUCAGGUAAACUAAGUCUCCCUAAACUUCCUGUGUCCGUUGAAGGUUGUGUGGGCAAUGUGACCAUCCCUGAAAAUGUUUGGGUGGACGAGGAGGAUGUGUUUCCACUGUACCGUCUUUCGUACCUUUGGAUAAGCCCCAUUGGAGUUCUAACAGUUGUCGUUGUGGGUGCUCUGGUCUCUCUCGUGACCAAACCCACAGAUAUCAGGACUCUCGAUUCCAAGUUGUUAUCUCCAGUGAUCCACAGAUUUCUUCCUAAAGAAUGUUUCAAACAUCCCGAGAAGGCAACCAAGGAUAUUUCCAGUAUCACUUAAGAUUAAAUACGUUUGAAUUUGGAAUAAAUGCACUCUAUACUAUAUUUUAUUUUACCUCCUAAAAUAAAAAAACUUAAAAAGUCAACUUA